UGUAGUAUCGGCGGCUUUGGGGCAAGGCCGGGCGGAGUGGAGUAUCAUGGGCAGCACCGGGUAUAGGGCAAAGACAGCUUUGUAUCAGCUUUGCUGCUGAACCCCAAGGACCCAUCGUUAGACACCUGCGGGACUCCUUUCCCCAUCCUAGACUUGGAGGGGAGUUUGCCGGGACUGGUGGGCUGGUCCCAGUCUUGGGGGGCGGAUCACCCGCGGGGCUGCCUCUGGGAGACAGGGUCGCCGAAAGAAGGAGCAGGUUUGCUUGGGUUUUCCUCCUUUUCUCCUGCCACCUAGGACGUUGUCUGUGGGGGGAGUGGGCCCGUUGUGCCACCUUCAUUACGACGAUCGAACAGUUCGCUCGUUCGCACAUUUUCCCCGUUGACUUUUCCCAUCUCUGUUAACCCGCGAGAAUCCAGUGGCUGGCAUCUGAGAACCCAGGGGCUGGGGCCUAAGAUUGCUGAAAGUUCUCUCUCUGGUGCUAAUAUCAGCAAAAAGGGGCUGUUUCCAGGUACGUUCAAGAGAAAGGUGCCUCGUGAACACAUCUGCUGGUGGGAAGGCCGAAAGAACUGGAAAGCCCACUUGUCUUGGAAUCGCCACACGUGUUUAAAGAACCUAAGCACCUUUUGAAGCCACUGGAAGUUUGUAGUCUGGCGGUAAGGAGGGCAGAAUGGAUGAUUUCAUCUCCAUUAGUCUGCUGUCUCUGGCUAUGUUGGUGGGAUGUUACGUGGCUGGAAUCAUUCCUUUGGCUGUUAAUUUCUCAGAGGAGCGACUGAAGCUGGUUACUGUUUUGGGUGCUGGCCUUCUCUGUGGAACUGCACUGGCGGUGAUAGUGCCUGAAGGAGUACACGCACUUUAUGAAGAUAUUCUUGAGGGAAAACACCACCAAGUGAGCGAAACACAGAAUGUGAUUGCAUCAGACAAAGCAGCAGAAGUAUCAGUUGUCCAUGAACAUGAGCACAGUCAUGACCACACACAGCUGCAUGCCUACAUCGGUGUUUCCCUGGUACUGGGCUUCGUUUUCAUGUUGUUGGUGGACCAGAUUGGCAGCUCCCAUGUGCAUUCUACUGACGAUCCAGAAACAACGAGGCCCAGCAAUUCCAAAAUCACCACCACACUGGGUCUGGUAGUCCAUGCUGCAGCUGAUGGUGUUGCUUUGGGAGCAGCAGCUUCUACUUCACAGACUAGUGUCCAGUUAAUUGUGUUUGUGGCAAUAAUGCUACAUAAGGCACCAGCUGCUUUUGGGCUGGUUUCCUUCCUAAUGCAUGCUGGCCUAGAGCGGAAUCGAAUCAGAAAGCACUUGCUGGUCUUUGCAUUGGCAGCACCAGUCAUGUCCAUGGUGACAUACUUAGGACUAAGUAAGAGCAGUAAAGAAGCCCUUUCAGAGGUCAAUGCUACUGGAGUGGCUAUGCUUUUCUCUGCUGGGACAUUUCUUUAUGUUGCCACAGUACAUGUCCUCCCCGAGGUGGGCGGAAUGGGGCACAGCCACAAACCCGACACCACUGGAGGAAGAGGCCUCAGCCGCCUGGAGGUGGCAGCCCUGGUUCUGGGGUGCCUCAUCCCACUCAUCCUGUCAGUAGGACACCAGCAUUAAAUGUUCAGGUUCCAGCCUCAGUCCAUGGCCAUUCGCAGCCAGUGAGAACAGUCGGCACAUGACAGCUCCUCACUUCUCAGUCUCUUGUCUCGCCUUGCCCAUCUCCAUCUGUAUUCCUAGAGUCCGGAGGGAGGUGAGAUUAAAACCUGGAGUAAUGGAAAAGCUUUUAGAGUAGAAACAACACAUUGCAAUUAGGUAUAAACAUUCUGUUGUGUUGUCUUUAAAAGGGCCCUUGGCAUUUUGAGUUUUGAUGUUUCUCUUAACCCUAUUCUCAGGGAAGAUGAAAUUUAGUUUUAAGGAAGAGUGGAGAACUUCAUACUCACAAUGAAAUAGUAAUUAUGAAAAUACAGUGUUCUGUAAUUAAGCUAAAUCUCUUUGUUGAGAGGCUGUGCCACUUUAUCCAUUGAUUUUAACAUGGUUCUCACCAUGGCUUUAGUACCUAUGCCACAUGCCUUGAUAGGUCACAGCACCCACUCUCUUACAUGCUAAAGGUGAUUGUGGUUAGUUUGGGAUUAGAGUUAGGGAAAUGACAGAAAGACACACUGAAAGCUAACUUUAUACUCGAAAGAGAUAAUCCAUUGAAAAAGGAUGUCUAGAGAGACUUAACCACCUCCUUUUGCACGUGCCUCUCCAAAUACAACCUGCCAUUCCAUAAAUGGAGCAACAGAGGUGGGACUAGCUUUCUCAAGAGGUGACUAGUAUUUUGAAGCAUUUCUUUUCAAAUUCUGCUUUGCAGAAUACCUACUUCCAACACAUUCUUAGAGGAGCCAAGUUUUAGUAGGUUCAGGUGUAGGCUUUCCUUCAAGAACAGUUACAUCACAAAGUAUCUUUGGAAAUGAAGGGAUAUUAAAUUUUAAGUGAAUUUGGAUAGUUAUUGACAUCUUUGUAGUAACUUUUUUAAAAGUGAGACUACCAAAAUCUAUGUUGUCCUUUUUUUAAAAGGAUUUCUCUUAGCAGAUAGGCAGUCCUUCUGGCUAAAAUACUUGGUCAGCUUGUGGAGCCCUGUGUCUGCUCACAUAAGUACCUAUUGAUUUAAAGCUUAUUGAAAUCAUGUCUUUAGUCUCCUCUUUUCCAUACUUUUCUUCUAACUUUGCCCUCUAGUUCCUCCUCCCCACAAUUUGCUGCUUACUGCUACUGGCAAUGCUAAUAUUUGUGUGAGAUGAAUUCUCCUCGGGACAACCACUUCUUGAACUGUGAUAAUGAAGAUAACAUUGUCUCUAUUCUUUAUUCCCUUCAAAGAAGUUACCUUUGUGUCAAAUACAGCUUUGUUAAGCCCUUAAAAUAUCACCUCCUCAUGUGUGAGUCAACACAAUCACUAAUAUUCUGGUAAUUUAAACAAUUGAGACAGCAAAAGUGUUUAACAAACUAGGGUAAUUUCCCCAUAUUUGCCAAAACCCAUGUAAACCCUCUUUUGUCAAAUAAGUGUAUAAUAUUGUAUUAUUAAUUUAUUUUUGAUUUUCUGUACCAUUUCAGAACACAUUACGUUAAGAGAGAACCAAGACUAGUUUCUUCAGGGCAGUGACUUUAGUAGUUUAUAAAAACGUGUUAUGUAUGCGUAAGCCAGCAUGCCUGUGAUUUCUUUAUUUCCUUCCUAGAUUUGUCACUGCGUCAGCAGCUGUGGAAGUAAAACGUGGGAGCCCUCUGCUGGCUGCAGUGAAGAAAGUAGCAUAAAUAGGAUAGAUACCAUUUUGUAUGGUGGUUGACAACCACUGCAUACAAUUUUAAAACCAAGAAAAGGUAUAGUAAGGAAAGUCUAAGUGACUUUCCUGAUUAGAUGAUAAUAGCUGACUUAUAAGCGACUUGGGGUUUCAUCUGGUCCUUCAAAAUUAUAUGGUUGCCUUGAUUCUCUCUGGAAACUGACUUUGUCAAAUAAGUAGCAGAUUUUAGUGUCUGGUUUGGUUUGGAUAGUACUUCCUAUCAUGUCGUCGUGUGCAAUGGUCAGAGAUUUUGUUCUGCUGGCCAAAGCCUCUUUCAGCAGUGCCUUGCCAUCACACUUGUAAGUUUAGCUAGAAUAUCUUGCUGGAUAGGGUCUUCACUCUGGCAAGGACUGAACCAUCUAACUUCCAAAUUUGCCUUUGUGUCUGGACCUCACUAUUAACAAGCAAACCUUUCAAGAUCCUGUCAGUUCUCAGAAGCUAUGAACUUUCCCAGAUUUUAAAGCUGCUGCCUCAGGAAUUACUCGUUUCUCUCCUGGUCAGUAGGCAGAAAUAGCCAUACUAAUUUUAUAGGGCUCAAAUGCAUCUUCAGGCAGCAGGAAACCAAGCAGCGUGGCAGAGGCCUCCUUCACUGGAGGAAGAGCUUGCUCAUAUGGUGGGCGGUGUCCCAGGAUGCGAGGCCCGAUCGAAGUUCACUUUUUGACACAUUUCAGUUGUUUUCCUCUUGUUUAAAACUGCCUCCUUAGAUGUGGAUGCCUUAAUGCUCUAACACAUUUGAAAACAUUGGCAGUACUUAAGUUGCUGCCAUGAUUACAAAUAGAAUGAUUGGCUACCAAAGAGAUGCAAGUGAUGGUUAACAGCAUGGUCAAUCCAUUUCCUCAUAACCAAAGUUAAUCUUUUUUUUUUUUUUUUUAAAGAUGACCGGUAAGGGGAUCUUAACCCUUGACUUGGUGUUGUCAGCACCACGCUCAGCCAGUGAGCGAACUGGCCAUCCGUAUAUGGGAUCCGAACCCGGGGCCUUGGUGUUAUCAGCACCGCACUCUCCCGAGUGAGCCACGGGCCGGCCCCCCAAAGUUAAUCUUAAUUGCAGUUUGAAUCCCUUUCCUUUCUAGGGAUAGACUUUCUUCAGAUUCCAAGUACUCUCUUAAAUGGCAAAUAAAGUUGAAAAAUGCUACUGAUCCAUUCCCCUCACUUUUUCCCCAGUUAAUUGCUAUCAGUUCCCAUUUUGCCAAAGCAGUGAUAUUCCAGGUUUGAUUUGGUUUUCCUGUGCACGCUGUUGCCAAAUUUCUUUUUUUAGGCAAAGGCUCUGCACUGGAAUGUAGAGAUUUGGAAACAGUACUACCUACAGAGGCUCUGUGUUCUCUUUCCUGCUGUUUCACCUUUUUAUUUCCCAAUUCAAAACAGUGAAGUCAUCCCCAUUCUGGUAUUUUGAGUCACUAGAAAAUAAGAGGGGCUGGCUGGUUAACUCAGUUGGUUAGAGCAUGGUGCUGAUAAUACCAAGGUCAAGAGUUCAAAUCCCCAAAUGACCAUCCGCCAAAAAAAAAAAGGGGGGGGGAGUGGCUGUUUUGAUUUGUCACUUCUUUGUAGAAAGGAGAAACUGUAAUUGUGUUUUCUUACCAGCCUACUUCUAAGUGUCACUGCCUGGUUUUUCUCUUUUUCAAGGAUUAGAACUAGGAGGACACACCAGCAUCGGAGUAUAAGCCCCUGAAACACAUGGUAGCUAGGUACUGAACACGGGAACUGUAUGUCAACAGCAGCAUAAGCCCCCAAAGAAUGUUCCUGCCUUUUGAGCCCCUGAACCCCUUGGGAGACUGAGAAUAAUGACCAGAUUCAUCCAAAACUGCUGCAGUGCAAGGUGAGAACCUCUGUAAUUGUUCUACGGGGAUCCUUUCUUGCAUUAGAAAAUUUCUGCUCAAUACAAAAUGGUUCACAUCGCCUAAAGAGCACUAUUGGAGAUGCUAUGAAAUUAAAACCAAUGAGGUAACCUCUUUGUAUCUGAUACAUCUAGAUUCACCUGAAGAAAACUGAAGGAAAUUUGUGACUUGUGGGAAAGGACUAAACAACCAUUUAGGAAUUCUCUAGAUGUGUUCAGUAACACAUAUAUUGGCUUUGAUCUUUUUUCUGGUAGCAUCUUCCAGCAAGUUGGAACUCUCAUGGGAUAACACUGCAGUUCCCCUGGUUUAGUAGCCUGAACAGUGAUUUUAAAUGUCCCUUUUUCUGGAUCCUUUGUGAACACGAAAUCAUUCCAUGGAUGGCUGCCUUAUAAUUUUGUCUCUU